ACUUUUACAAUAUUUUUCAGUGCUCAAAAAUAAAUAUACUGAUCAUGCAUAACCCAAAUCUGCAUAGUUAUUUGUGGGGAAAUAACUUUUAGUUUGAAAUAAACAACUAAGCAAUGGAAGAGAAGAAGCAAGUAAAAUGCAAAAUAAAUGGUCAACGGUCUACAGGAGAGCUCUGCUCCUCGUGUACCAGAGUGAGGAAAGUGAAAACCAUGUGUACAGGCAUCACUAUAGAAUCCCUUUGAAUCCCGUGGACCGCCCGUGAGGGUCGGUGCCUCGGAACACAAGGCCGACCUGCUUUGUUGCCUUCUGUGGCCCGACUGCCUUUUUCAUUGUACUCGGGAAAAGAUACGAGGGAGGAUUUUAAAAAAAAUUUGAUUUACUUUUUUUCCCUAGGAUGAUUUCUUUAGUGUAAAUAGAAUUUAUGUACAUCUUUCAAAAAAUGCAUUAUUGUCACAUAUCACAUCUGACAUUUCUUCUCGCCAUAUUCAUCUAAUUGGAAGCAGCCGGUUAGACUGGGAAUGCAGGGCUGUUUGUGUUUUGCCGCAUUGUUUUUGGCGUCUCUCACUUCCAGGACAGAAAGAGAAGUGCUGGAAUGCGGUCUGGUACACAGUGUUCUCUUGCACUUCCUGCAGAAAACCACAGCAGCAUCCCACCGCGCCCCACUGCCCCAGCGCCCUGCUCUGUUACUCUCGCUCUACUCGCUUGAACUCGCUGCUUCGGACAUACAGUUUCUGUAGAGCACAUGCUUCUCUCUGCACCCAUGCAUCGUAACUGUGUCAUAACUCAAGCACUUCGGUGAUGAACGAGCCGGGUACUUGACGCUGUAAAGGUUACGGCUGCUGCCCUUAGACCUAAAGGUUGCAGGUUUGAAUCCCUGCUGUACUACCCUUGAGUCAAGCAUGCAAGGUCUUUACAGUAAUGUUUCCCAGCUGUAUGGGUAAAUAAUUGUAAGUUGCUUUGGAGAAAAGUAUCAGUUGAAUGAAUAAAUGUAAAUGCAUGAUGAUUAGUAUGUGAUCCUUCCCCUAUCACGGAGUGUUUAUAUGUCAGAUGUCAGACUUUGCACGCAUGUGCUAGUGCACGGUGAAGUCUGUCGUGCUGGAACAGAAAGCAGGAAGUAUAUUCAUCUGUACUUCACAGUUUAAUAAACUGUUUCCACAUAAAUUGCCCCGAUAUUGAAAAUAAAUGCUGCUGGUCGAGAUGCGUGAGAGAUGAAUAACAACGCUCGGCGGCACCUGUCCCGAGCCACACGUGACGCGCCUCGUCUCAUGCGCUGUAGCUCCACCCCACACGUGUGCAGUCUGUACAAGCCCCGCCUCCUCUGCCUCGUCAUUGGCUGCGGGGUGUGCUUGAAGCGUGUGCACGAGCACGUGAACCAGUUUACCACUUUCUUCUAAGUCAGGCGCACUCCGAAUUUCUCACAUUGCGUCUUGUCGCAGGUGUGAACAGCUACAAAUAUUUCAGGAAACCGGUCUAUCAACAGUAAUUAAUAUGUGGCUCGGUGUUAGGUAAAAUUCCUUAGGUAUUGUACUGACGACAUCGAGAUGUCUUUCUCCACAGAAUUGGGAAAUGCAUGAUGGGAUAAUGUUUCAGACAAGCUUGAAUUUUUUCAUCCACCGUAAACCCUAACAAGAGAGUGAUUCAAUAAAAAGUGUCGUUUCUUAUCCACGAGCUUAAAGUACUGGACUUCGAAGUUCAUUAUUACUUAACAUUACAAUUAUUUACCUUUUUAUUUUGCACGCGCGCCAGCUUGUGACAGAAGUGGGCGAUACCCAUUACCUUCAUUGGUUCGCUAUACUUAUAAUAUAUUCAGUUUGCAUGCAUAAUGAAGGCGUCCUCCAAUCGCCUACGGGGGUGUGGAAACAACAUCCUCUGUAGGUGGGGUUUAUGUUUAAUAUUCAUAAUAAAUUAGGCACGCUUGUCCAAUCACUGAAAAGGAGACGUGUUAUCUCAUGAAUAAUAAAAUACUGGCGACAAUCCGGGAUAUCGGGUCAAGCGUUGGAGUGGCUGUGCGGUGUCGCUGUCUCAGUUUCGGGAGGUUAAUUCGAGCCCAGCAGGCUUUUCAAGGACGCGCUGAAAUCAACACUCGGAGAGGCUGUUCACGCAUUCCCCACGCGUGUCCUGCCCGCCGGUGGAGCUCGCGCAACCAGGGGAGGGAGUCGUUUCGCAGGUUUACCACGAACCCGUCGCGCCAGCCGAUCGGUCCGCGUCCGCGAUGUCCGGGGACUCGGCCGUCACCGUGGCGCUCGAGUCCGGCUCCGGGCCGCCGAGCUCCUUUCCUGUCGUGCUCAAGAAGAUCAUGGAGAUCCCGCCGCCCAACAUCCUAGAGGAGGGCGACGACGAAAAAGAGAAGGAGCUGUUAUGCUCGGCAGACGGCGGAGACUGCGGCGGAGGGGGCAGCGGCGGAAUGGGUCCCUCGGCCGCCCUCACCCCGGCCAUAUGGGACAAGACCAUCCCGUACGACGGGGAGACCUUCCACCUGGAGUACAUGGAUCUGGAUGAGUUCCUGUUGGAGAACGGUAUCCCCGCACCCCUGGAGGAGGAACUGUCUAAGGAUGCGAGCAAGGAACUGUCCCCAGAGUUGGCAGAGGUGCCCGCCGCCACCGAAGCGGUCCCUCCUUCCACGGUCGCGCUGCUGCCUGUUGUGGAGCUGGAUCAGAGCGAGGAGGAUCUGGUGACCGUCGACGUUUCGGAGACCGACGGCACGUCUGCAACCAAGAAGAGUGCAGAGGCGGACGCAAAUCCGGAGCGAGCAACACCCAGUCCGGUCGACCCCGAGGACAUCGAGGUGGAAGUGAACUUCAAUCCGGACCCCACCGACCUGGUCCUGUCCAGCGUGCCUGGCGGAGAACUGUUCAACCCACGCAAACACCGUUUCACUGAGGAGGAGCUCAAACCGCAACCCAUGAUCAAGAAGGCCAAGAAAGUGUUUGUGCCUGAAGAGCAGAAGGAUGAGAAGUAUUGGCAGAGGAGGAAGAAGAAUAACAUGGCAGCCAAGCGGUCACGUGAUGCCCGGCGGUUGAAGGAGAACCAGAUCACGGUGCGGGCGGCCUUCCUGGAACGGGAGAACGCCGCUCUUCGGCAGGAGGUGGCCGAACUGCGGAAGGACUUCGGCCGCUGCAAGAACGUUUUGGCCCGCUACGAGGCCAAAUACGGACCGCUCGCUCCAGUGGAGGCAGAGGUGGAGGACCUGUGAGAGUGUUUAUUUAUUGAUUUAUUGAUUCAUUUAUGACAGGGGCGAAGUCAAUGAAUGAAUGAAUGAAUAAAUAAAUAAAGACGUGGAUUUUAAAAGCCUUGAAUGGAAGGUGGAAUCAGGGAAAAGAAGAGGAUGGAGAAGUGACAGCGUGUGUGAGGAACUGUACGUGUGGAUUUUUGUUUUGCUCUCAUCUUUGUUGAUACUUGUAUUUUUCAAAUGUUUGCCUUUGGCAUUUGUGAGUGCUUAUUGAAUGAAUGUUCAUUUUGUUUUUUGUAUAUAAAAUAAGUUUCUUGCCAGACAGCAAAUGGGGAAGCGAUGCCUUCUGUUCUCAUCUACUGUUAAUCCCAUGAGAGUACUGGUAUAGGAUGGGGUGUAAUUUUUUUUUUAAAAAAAAGUGCAUUUUUCACUGUGGGUAGAAGUUGAAAACAGUGUGGCCACAAAGGCAGUUAUUUUUAUCUUUGCAAUAAUUUUCCUUCCAAACCUACACUUUUGGUAUUUUUGUACAGUUUUUUUUUUUUUUUUUU